GCUGGCGGAUCCGCCGCCAUCCGCGCUGCUGGGGCCCGGGACCGAGCGACCCGGGGAUAGAGGGACAGUCCGGGCGGUGCGCAGCCGUGCCCCGAGGGCCGAGGCGUGUGGCGGUGCGUGAGGGGCCCCGCGGGAGCGGUACCGGCGUGGUGCCCCCGGCCCACGGUGACUUGGCGCUUGCCCGCAUUCGAAAGGCCUUCCCGUGGCGCCGGCCGCAGCGCGCUGCAGGCAUCCGAGCCUGGCGAUGGGGACGAGCGGUUUGCCUGGCGCCUUUGUCAGGUUCUUCAGCAAGUUUAGAUGAUUGUUUUUCUUCCCUAAGGGAUCUGCGUGCUGUUCAGUGCUCCAGGCCGGGGCUGCGGUAGAGGCCGCGAAGGAUGCUGAGCUGCGACUCGGCAAACUGAAACAUGACUGAUACAGAUGAAUCCCAUGCUUCUGGCUCUGAUUACCCUGAUGCUCAAGAGCUGAUCAGCCAUCAGCAGAGGGAGCCAUCUGAGGUGUAUUCAUGGCAAAGGAAUACAGGAACACAGCGUUCGGAGUCAAGGCAGAAAGCGGCUGCUCUUGGGGAGUCUUCAGAUCAUCCUAACAGCAUGUCUAAAUCAUCAGCAGCUUCAGCUGAGGUUUUACUGAUUAGCAGUGAUUCAGAAACUGAUGUCUCUGCUUCUUAUCCGGAGUGCUCCAUUGCACCUUCAAAGCAGAAAAGGAGAUCUCAGUCUUCAAGGCAACAAGCUGAAUCUGUUACAGGAGUACAUGGCAAUGAAAGCUCCUCAGAUUCUUCUCUGUCUCCCCAAAGUCCAGCUAAAUCAUUGGAAGGUUCCAAGCAGCAGAAGUCAAAACUCAAUUUGAAGGCCAUUUUUGCCUAUCACUUCAGGGGAAGGAAGUUCAAAGCAGCUGCACACCGAAAAUACAAAAUUCACUCAAAGAAGAAAAAGAAAAAGUAUGAGAGCACACAGAUGCCCACAGGGAGGCCCCCACUGACAGCCUCACCUCAGGAACAAAAAAGGAGGAUUUUGGACAGAGGUUUUCAAUUCCCUUUUGUUGAAGAACAUUAUGGGAAGAAACAUAUUCCCUUAAAGAUGGUUCUUGGCUAUGAGCAAGCAGCUGCAAAGGGAUUUUUCAAGUAUAUUGAAGUGCUUAAAUAUGAGGAGCAUCUUAAAAAAGCUUUAAAAGCCCUUCAGGCCAGUGACGACUUAGAAAAAGAGUGUGUGGUGUUACGGAAACACAAAUACUUAGAUGAUGAAGGCCCCAUUUCCCCUAUUCAGGAGACAGAUGAUGAUGACAGCUUGAAUUCUGAUACUCAGGAGCAACUUGAUGCCAGAGUAGUGGAGAACAGCUCUUUCAUUCUAAGUAGCACAAUUCCCAGUAGAAAAAAGUCAAAGCCAGGAGGAAAACAUGCAAAACCACCUGAAGUGAUUGAAAUAGUGGAUGAAGAAGAUGGUGCUGAAGACAACUCGGUGCCUCUGCAAGGCUCACCUCGGUGAAAAGCAGAUGAACAAAUGAGGUGGCAGUGGUUGUUCUUCAGAUACCUCUUUCAUGAACCUCUUUGGUUUAAAAAAUUGGUCUGGAGUCAGUUUUGAGCUCUCCACACAGCUGCCUAGGCACGUUUGGCUUACUUUUAUGUUGCUUUUGGAAGAUGAAAUAGCUCUUGGUUUUCUUGCUGCACAAGGGCUGUUUGCUGACCUGAUUCAGGAAUCCAUUACUUGGGUGGACAUCUGUGCAACAUGGUGUAGCAAAAGAGGGGCAUUCCUGUGAUGUGUGGAACAGAUUGGAAAACCUCUACACAAGUGUCAGCCAUGUGUCUUGGUGAGCUGCUUAUACUGCUGCUCCUUUCUUACUGAGAAAAUCCAGUGGUGUUUCAGAAAACAUGAGAGCUUAUCUUGCCCAGACUUGAGAAUGCUGUGAGAAAAUUGUUGUGAUGAUUGGCAAAAUGUUCAACUGCUCUGAAGAGAGUCCUUAGAGAAAGUGAAGGAAGAAGAAAUACAGGAUGCCAUUUCACAGAAGUCUGAAGCUGAUUUGAGGGUGCCUGAUGAUACAGAACAGAGUGAACUGCCCUGAGUUAAAAAAAUGGAAGGAACCUGUUUGACAGCUCCUAGGGUCUGCUGCCAAGUUGCUGUGUGUCAGAGGGGGAUGAGAAACACCAUGUGGGAGCUACAAAAAUCCUGGUGAUGUUGCUGCAAGCCUGCUGCAAAGAAGUGCACAGCUGUUCCAAAUGAAGAAAGAACCUUCUCUAGAGUGUUCAUUGUAGUUUUUUUGGAAUUAAACAUUCAUUUUAAUAGCAGUGCAUGUUGUGAUUUGCCCUCCUGGAAGCUGUGGUGAAGGUGCCUGUUCAGUGUUGUAGAAGCCCCAGCUAAACAACUGAGAGUAUAGAGGUGACUGGAAGUGGCUUGAUCAGGUCUUUUCCUCACUUCUCCAUCACUGAACUCACCUGUACCAAAGCCCUCCUUAUUCUGUACAGAAUAUCACAGCAUUUAAAUAAAACUGGGGGCUCUGUAUUGCA